CCCUAGAUGGUCAAGUCACCCCUCGACACCUCCAGAGUCCAAGUGCGCAGGCAGCACUCGUGUCGCGUCUCUUCUCCCCGAGCUCCCGUCGAUCGACGGAGCACCGCGAGUCGCAAAGCGAGGGCUAGCUGAAGCGCGUUCCAGCCAUGGCGGGAUCGUUGGGCCUGGGGCUCGCCUGCUUCGCGCUCGUGGUCGCGGCGGCCAGCGCGACGCAGUUCCGCGUCGGCGGCCAGAGAGGCUGGAGCGUGCCGGACGCCGGCUUCGAGCCCUACAACACCUGGGCUGGGAGGCUCCGGUUCCAGAUCGGCGACCAGCUCCUGUUCGUGUACCCCAAGGAGACGGACUCGGUGCUCCUGGUGGAGCCCGCGGCGUACAACGCGUGCAACACCUCGUCGUACCUCCAGAAGUUCGACGACGGCAACACGGUGUUCACGCUCGACCGCUCGGGCCCCUUCUUCUUCAUCAGCGGCAACGAGGCCAGCUGCCGGGCCAACGAGAAGCUCAUCGUCGUCGUCCUCGCCGACCGCACCGGCGCGCGCACCCCGCCGGGGGCCCCGCCCAUGAUGUCUCCGCCGUCCCCCGCGCCUCUGCCGAGCCCGUCCUCGCCGCCUCCCGCGGCCGCGCCUGCGCUGAGCCCCUCGUCGCCGCCACCCUCAGGCGCCGCCCCUCUGCCGGCGCCCGCGGCCACCCCGACCUCGCCGCCGUCCCCGGCGGCCUCGGCUCCCGGACCUGCUCCCGCCACCACCCCGGGCUCGCCGCCGGAGCCCAUGGCCCCGUCGCCGUCCACAACCCCGGGAGGUGGCGCGUCGCAGCCGCCGUCCGCUUCCGCCAACGCGCCGGGCGCCGAGGGCAACGCCACGCCGCCUCCGCCUUCCGCCAGCGACGCGAACACGAACGCCGCCGCUCUGGUAGUCGCAGGCUUCGUCGGCUCGCUCGGCGUCAUCAUCGGCUACGCCAUGCUUGCUGCCUGAAACGAUCUUGCUACGAGGCGUUCUUUUGUGCAGUAGUGUAAUUCGAGUGGGAUAACUUACAUUGUGAAGAGGAUCAUGAUCAUUUGUAUUUGAAUUUGUUCUCACGUUUGUGGAAUAAUAGAGACGCGCACGAUUGUGUUUGCUUGCAUA